CUCAGAGAGAAAGAGAGAACCUCUCUGAUUUAUAGCUUUUAUUUUAUUUUUCUGCCUUUGUUCUUUGCAAGAAGUUACCAUCCCUCUUUAUCCCUUGGCUUUUUCUUUUAAUCUCUCUCUACUUUAUUCUCUUGAACUCACCCCUAAAAGAAGACGAUCCUCCCCCGAUCCUCCUUGUGUUCACAAACAACAUCUUCUCCCUUUCUCUCUUUCUCUCUCUCUCUCUCUGAAAAUCUUUUGCUCUUGUUUGUUCCCACAUAUCCUGUAAUUCCUAUUUGAGCAUGAACAUCUUAACCAACAGUGCUUUUUGAGAAGAGAAUAUAGAAGAGAGCUCUUGAUUGUUGAUAAUAAUACCUAAAUAUACCAAAACCAUGGCUUCCCCUUCAGAAUUAAGCCUGGAUUGCAGACCACACAGCUAUUCUAUGCUGUUAAAAUCUUUUGGAGACCAUGCAGACCAAACCCAGAAGCUUGAAGAGGUCCUUAUUCGUCUUGAGGAAGAAAGGUUCAAGAUUGAUGGCUUGAAGCGUGAGCUUCCCCUUUGCAUGCAACUUCUCACCAAUGCUGUGGAGGUUUCAAGGCAACAACUGCAGGCCUAUAGAGCAAAUCAAGGGCCUCGACCAGUUCUUGAAGAAUUCAUACCCCUAAAAAAUUCAAGCUCCGAAAACUCUGACAAAUCCUCAGCCAUCUCUGAUAAGGCAAAUUGGAUGACAACUGCUCAACUUUGGAGCCAAACAAGCAAUGAAACCAAGCCACAAACCUAUACUUCAUCUCCUAAAGAAACUGAUGUGGGGUUCAAUGUUAGUCCCAAGCUGGCCUUGGAUACUAAACAGAGAAAUGGAGGAGCUUUCCUUCCAUUCUCAAAAGAACGAAACUCUUGUCCAAGUCCAACUUUAAGGACUCUGCCCGAGUUGGCCCUUGCGUCUGUUGAUAAAGAGGUGGAAGAUAAGAAGUGCAAUGAAAAUAAUGAAAAUGGAAUUUCUUGUUCAAGGAGAGAGAAUUCUGGUAAGGUUGGAAAUGUUGGGGUUGCCAUUGAACAGGUAAAAAACGCUUGUAAUUCAUCAGAUGGACAAACAAAUUCAAACAACCCAACAAAUAAUACUCAAACUCAUAGGAAAGCAAGGAGGUGUUGGUCACCGGACUUGCACCGCAGAUUCGUGAAUGCCCUUCAGAUGCUUGGUGGAUCUCAAGUGGCGACCCCAAAGCAAAUCAGGGAGUUGAUGAAGGUUGACGGUUUGACUAAUGAUGAAGUUAAAAGCCAUCUGCAGAAAUACAGGCUUCACACAAGACGACCUAGUCCAAGUCCCCAAGCACCAGGAGCCCCCGCUGCACAGCUAGUGGUCCUCGGUGGCAUUUGGGUCCCUCCUGAGUAUGCCUCAGCAGCGGCUGCAGCCCACAACGGAACUCCCACUGCCACUCUCUAUCACCACCCCUCCCCUCAUACUCCAACACAUUUCUGUGCUGCGUCGCCUGUACCUCAGGAUUUCUACACUGCACCACCUGCACCACCGCCGUCAGUACCACCUUUGCCACCGCCCCACCAUCAGAUGCACCACCAUGCCCUCCAAAAUCAACUCCACCUCUAUAAGGCCAACUCACAGGGCCACAGUUCACCGGAUUCUGAUUUACGGGGAGUCGGAGACCGCUCGGAGAGCAUAGAAGAUGGAAAGUCCGAUAGCAGCAGCUGGAAAGGUGAGAGUGGUGACAAUGGAAUUAAUGAGAGCAAAGGCUUGGCUGCACUCAGGGAAGAUGGGGAGGAGAGCAAUGGAAGUGAAAUAACUCUCAAGUUCUGAGUUUUAUUAGUUUAGGCGUAGGGCUCUUUUUGGUCUCCCAAGUUGCUAUCUUAUUAUUAUUAGUCGAAAUUCUUAUGUUAAAUAUCUAGAGAGGGUAAAAAAGACAUAAUAAAAAGUGACUGUUUGUUCUGUUUUCCUCAAGUGCUUGAUGUUCUAUGAAAAGAUUGAAAAUUGGUUGUUG